AUGGUGUUCAAAUCAUGGGUUGUUGAUGUUACUCUGGGAUUCUUUCUUGUUGUGGCACAUGUUGGACAUCUUUCCGGUGGUCUUGCUGUUCAUGGCGGUGGACUCCUCCUCCCACCAUGUUGCUCUGUGUGCCUCACCAUAUCGCGUCGCCGUCCUUCAGCCUCCUCGCGUCACCGCCUUCAGUGGCCGUCUUCCAUCUCAGAUUUGUCAACCAAGAAGUGUGUGGUAUGCGACUCGCAAGAUAUGAGUCUCAUGACUGAACAAGCAGCCCAUGAGUUGAUCUCAAAGGUUCCUGAGUGGAACUUGGUCAAUGACGGUGGUAGACUGAAGUUAAGUCGGUCAUGGAAAGUCAAGACCUUCUUGAAAGGUUUGGAGUUCUUUCAGGCCAUUGCUUAUGUUGCUGAAGCAGAAGGUCAUCAUCCAGAUCUUCAUCUUGUUGGAUGGAACAAUGUCAAAAUUGAUUUAUGGACACAUGCUGUUGGUGGACUUACAGAAAAUGAUUUCUUACUUGCUGCUAAGAUUGACGGGCUUCGCGUGCAACAUCUUCUGGGUAGAAAUGCUACCUACUGACUAGUGGACAUAGAUAUUGGGUAUGUAAAUGUCAAGCGGUAGUACUACAUCUCUGUGAAAUUACAUUCUUUUAUGGUUGAAUUUCUCUUAAUAAAGUUUCAUGUAAAUUACUUUGCAAACAUGAUAAUAGUUUGAGGCUAAAGAUAUGCCCUGACCUUGAGGCUAUAGCUUGUGACAUGUUCUGGUUACAUUUGCAAAUGUUCAAUGCAUGGAAAUUAUGUAUGGGGAAA